UUUCUAAUUGUCCGCAGGCAGCCCUAAUGAGUCUAUUGCAGUCUGUGAGACGGUGACUCUGCAUGAGCUGCAUGCAGCAUCAUCAACUUGCCCAUCGGCCGCUCUCCUCAAUGAACGGGUUAACUUUGAGUUCCUCUGCCGAUUCGCCAUUUGACGCGUUUCCGAGACCCGAUGCCUUCAUCUGAAUCAUCUGCGACCUGCGAAGUGGAGCUUUCGUAAAUCGCUGCGAUAGCAGCAGCUCUCCGAUACAUGGCCUCGCCCUCCAACGGCACAGUGCCCACAGUGACACCGUGCAACGUGCUCCGUAGGGAUACACUCGAUGCGGCAACUAACAAAGCCAAAUAUGCGCCGCGAAGAGCAGUAAGGUACUACGCGACAAAAAGGAUAAUUUGACUGUGCAUCGUUGAUUUUCCCGCGCCAUAUAUCACCGGCCCAAUCCCUCACAACAACCUUUCUCUUUCCCAUACCCAUCCCCACCCCUUGUUUGAUUUCACGUACCACAGCGCACUUGGAAUCAAGCAUGUCCCUUCCAGUAUACCACCAAGUCCCCGCGGACGAGAAACGCCCGCUCUCUCCAGUCAGCGACGACGAGUUCGACCCUCGCCAGGUCCACCCUGCUUCCAUUGGCCUCCGAGUCGGUGGCGGCUCUGUCGCCCAGCGAGCCAAGGACAAGUACGCCAACAUGUCCAAGAUGAAGAAGGCUCUUGUCGCCCUCGCCGUCGUCUGGUUCACCCUCAUCAUCGCUCAGAAGACCGCCGCCGGCUUCUCUGGCCCCCAUCACCAUGGCCGCCACCACCACCAGGGCCACGAGUUUGGCAUGGAGCAGUGGGGCAACUUUGAUGGUCCCGAGGGCCGACCUCUCCCUCCCAUGGAGUUUGGACACCACGGCGUCCACCCCCAUCACCAUCAGCCCGAGGACCUUGCCGUGAUUGAGACUGUCUACGGCGAGGCUUCUGUCGUCGGUGAGGCCACGGCCGCAAAUGCUUCUUACCCCAUCCACCUCGGCCGAGGCAACCAUCUCGACCUCGACUUUAAGGGCGAGGGCAAGCUUGUUGUCUCCAGGACUGCCGAGGAGACUAAGGGUCCUAUUGUCAACCUUGUCGUCGAGUCUACCUGGACUGGCGAGGUCGAGGGCGUUGAGAUGAAGUCUGACGGGCGAUCACACGCUUUGUCUGUCGAGUCUUCCGAGUCUUCUUCCCACGUCGUCCACCUUGUCCUCUCUGCCAAGCAGGACAAGCUCCCCUCCAUCUCCAUCCGCUCCUCCAAGGACAUUGACUUGACCAUCGAUUCCUCCGCCCAGGACGUCCGAAUCAAGCACCUCUCCCUCAAGGCUGACAGCGGUAACAUCAACCUUUCCGAGGUUGUUGCUGGCAAGCUUGACGCCGAGACCAUCAGCGGUAACGUUGGCGGUACCUUCAACGUUAGCAGGGCCAUCAUCUUCAAGACUGUCACUGGUGACAUUGACGCUACCGUAAACGUCCAGCCCCUCUUCCCUCCUCCUCCCCACCACAACGGCACCCACUCUCACCCUCCUCCUCCCCCUCACAAGGGCGUCAAGGGCGAGCACAAGCCCCACCACCCUCCCAAGCACGGUAAGGGUGAGCACAAGCCCCAGGAGGACGACCGUGAGGAGCGCGAGCCCGAGUUCCAUCACAAGCGUGGCGAGCAGCCCGAGGAGUUUGAGAACCGACCCGAGCACCCCGAGGAGCGUGAGGAGAAGCCCGGGUGGUUCUCCAUGUUCAAGAGCGGCCCUCCCAAGAAGCCUGAGCACCGAGGCCCUCCCCCUCCCAAGCCUGUCAAAGUCGGCGCCUUCUCUUCUACCGGUGCCAUCACCCUCCAUGUCCACUCUCCUCCCUUCGUCUCUACCGAGACCAAGGCUCACUCUCACACUGGUGAUGUCAAGGUCGUCGCUCCUCGCAAGUUCCACGGUUUCUACGACAUUGGUACCUUCAAGGGUUCUUACAAGGUCGAAACCAAGGAAGGCAAGGUGAACAAGGUUCUCGACGAAUUCGUCGGUGAGCAAGGUGGCAAGCAGAGCGGUCUCGUCUUCCCCGAGCACCGAAACGGUACCGAGAAGGUUGAGGGUGACUUUGAGAAGAGGUCUUUCGACGAGGAAGAGUUUGAGUUUGACGGCGAGCUCUCUGAGGCUCCUGCCGAGGACGCGCCCCGAGACGGACCUCCUCCUCGAGAUGGUGAAGACGGCCACCCCCCUCCUCCCCCCAAGGGCGGUAAGGACGGCGAGCACCCCCCUCCUCCUCCUCCCCCUGGAGGCAAGAAGCCCAAGGGUCCCAACGGCGAGCACCCCCCUCCUCCUCCCCCUGGAGGCAAGGAGCCCAAGGGUCCCAAGGGUCCCAAGCCUCCCAAGGGCCCCGGUGGACCUCCUCGAAAGCCUCACGGUCCCCCUCCUCCCCCCGGACAGUCUGAGGUCUUUGCCCAUACCGAUGUCGGAGACGUCCUCGUUGUUCUCUAAUCGCUUUCUGUUGUAUGAUUUCCACAUACAAUAUCACUCCUGGUUGGGUCUACUUGACCGGAGUAAAAGCUUAGGUAUAGCGAUCCAUUGUCCGAGCUCUAACAGUACUCGAGUAUGGUAGGAAUGGAGAAUGAAUGGGGUCCGAUCGGCUGUAUUUGUUUGUUUUGUCUUUCAUGUUUGUGAAUAUUUAGUACUACAAGACUGUGUCAAAGUAGGAUGGGAAAGUAUUACAAUAUAUAGUUUAAUGGAUUGGUAACGGAAAUUUGGCUCGAGAUUGGUUGAACUGUGAUGCGUUAAUUGUGGCCAUGAGAUCUACCAAUUGUCAAUCACAGCUUCCAGCCGCAUUACUACUUUUCGACGAGGUCAUGAAUUAGCACAACAUAAUGCAAAGUGCGCUUUCG